CACAUAUAUCCACCCUGCGCCUCCUCUUUGUUCAUUUAGUCCUUACUCCUUCGCUUUCUCGACAGCCGUCUCCAUGCCUAACCUGCCGUAGAAAAGCUUCUGCAUAAGAUCUUAAGGUUGGUAUAUACUCUACAAUGGCCACAGCUCCGCAGAGAUCGCCGCAGCUACUCCACAAUUUCUAUCUGCCCCAGUUGAAUUGGGGCCACAACUCUACCUCCAACCACCGCUUCCGCCGCCGCGACUCUUCCAGGUCAAUGAAUGACUCUCGAGUGAUCCCCCCCAAAGAAAACGUCAACCACCACCACUCUUCCGCCGAAGACGGCCCCCCCGACUCCGAGCUCCUUCCAACCGGAUCAUACUCCCUGUUCUCAUCGCCCCCUUGCUCCGCCGGAAAGCACCGUGCACGGAUCCCGAACGAAGCAAAAGAGGCAGAAACCCAGCAGGCGGAACAAAACGGUGUCGUGGAGAUCCCAGAGGAAGGAGAGACGAGGACGUGGAAUCUGAGACCGAGAAAGGCGAGCGUAGCGGCGUCGUUUAGGAAUGGUGAAAUGCAGGAAGUUGGGGAAGGGAAUCACUGUCCGGAUAAUAAGAAGAUAUGGAUCUCCCUGUCGAAGGAGGAGAUUGAGGAAGACGUUUACUCCUUGACCGGGUCGAGACCCGCCCGCAGGCCCAAGAAACGACCCAGAAAUGUGCAGAAGCUACUCAAUAAUGUUUUUCCUGGAAUAUAUUUGGUGGGGCUCUCUGCUGCAUCCUAUCGAGCUCAUGAGUCACAGAUGUAGGUGUAUGUGACAUGGAGAAGGAAGGUAGGUGAAAUCUUGACAAAGGUGUGCUUUACCAACCUGUUAGGUGACAAUGUCUGUGUUAAACGCAAUGUAUCCCAUAGUCUUUUUAUUUCCUCUUAGUCUUUGCUGAAAUUCUUUCCCGAGUGAAAUCAGAUCAUAAUACAGAGUUUGAUUGAUAUCGUGAAGAUUGGAGACCUUCAGACUUGGUUACAUUUAUGCCUCAAUUGGAGGUAUAUAUACGUAGUAUUAUAUACAGAUCCCAUCUUAUGUCAGGGUUUUAGUUAGGAAGGGAGAUUAGUAGAUUUUCUUGUUUGUGAAUGUAAAUGACAUUGGUCAGUGAUAGAUUUGAUUAUGUAGUAUAUGAACAUUUAAAUCCAUACCAUUAUUACAACGACAUUUUAGUU